CAGCUGCUGCAUCAUAACAAACAUGGCGGCGGGUUCUCUGUGACGCGGUUUUAAUUAAAUGUCGGCUUUUUAAACGCUCUAGUCGGUUCGGCGUGUUUCUCCGCAGAUCAGGAUGGAGCACGGCCCUUUUCCAGAGGCGGUUCCGGCCCGGAAGGUGACUGUGGUCGGUUCGGAGCUGGUGGAGAGCUACACGGUCUACAUCAUCGAUGUAACGGACGGUCUGCACCGGUGGACGGUGAAGCACCGCUACAGCGAUUUCUACGAGCUGCAUGAGAAGCUGACGGCAGAAAAGAAGGUGGACCGCCAUCUGCUUCCUCCCAAGAAGAUCCUGGGGAAGAACUCCAAGAGUCUCGUGGAGCGGCGGCAGAAGGAGCUGGAGCUCUACCUGCAGACGCUGCUGCAGCAGUUUCCAGAGGCCACGCCCGCUCCGCUCGCCUACUUCCUGCACUUCCACCUCUAUGAGAUUAAUGGCAUCACAGCAGCGCUGGCGGAGGAGCUCUUCCAUAAAGGGGAGCAGCUGCUGCAGGCAGGAGAGGUGUUUUCCCUGCGUCCGCUCCAGCUUUACUCCGUCUCCCAGCAGCUCCGCCUGGCCACGCCCACCUGCCUCAGCGGAGACGCCAGAACGGACCUGGGACACAUCCUGGACUUCACCUGCAGGCUGCGCUACCUCAAGAUUUCAGGGAGCAGAGGUCCAGUAGGAACCAGUAACAUCCAGGAGACCAGUCUCCCCUUCGACCUGUCAGUGUUCAAGUCCCUGCUGCAGAUUGAGAUCAGCGACUGCAGCUCGCAGCAGAUCCAGGGCCUGCCGUCCCUGAGGGCCAGCUUGGCUACACUGAACCUCCACCGCUCUACUGGGUCCAUGAUGUCCGUCCUCGUCCCAGAGGCCAGCGAGUUCCCGCAGUGGGAACCUGAGGGGGCGGAGCCUGGCUGUCCUGUCACGGCGCUGGUUCCUAUCUGGAGACACCUGACCACGCUGGACAUGAGCCACAACCGCAUCGGCGCCGUCGAUGACUCAGUGAAACUCAUCCCAAAGGUGGAGUUCCUGGAUCUGAGCUACAACCAGCUGUCGUCUGUGGAGAACCUGCAGCACCUCUACAGCUUGGUGCAUGUGGACCUGAGCUACAACCGCCUGCGCAGCCUGGAGGCGGCUCACACGCGGCUGGGGAACAUCAAGACGCUGAGCCUGGCGGGGAACCAGCUGGAGACGCUCAGUGGCCUCUCCAAGCUCUACUCUCUGGUCAACCUGGACCUGAGCCACAAUCAACUGGCACAGCUGGAGGAGAUCAGGAACAUCGGAGCUCUGCCCUGCUUGGAGAAGCUCAACCUGUCCAGUAACCCCAUGUGCAUCAUCCCAGACUACAGAACCAAGGUUCUGGCCCAGUUUGGGGACCGGGCAGCAGAGGUGAGCCUGGACUGCAGAGCGACGACGGAGAAGGAGCUGGACACGGUGGAAGUGCUGAAAGCCAUUCAGAAAGCCAAAGAGGUCAAAGAUCGCAUGAGCAGCAGCGAUAAGAAGAUCAGUGAGGACUCCAGGGCGUCUGCAGCUCCUCCUGCCUCCUCCUCUUCCUCCUCUUCGUCCUGCCCCAGCCAAGGACUGACCAGCAGAGAGGACGACCCCGACCCCCCUGACACCCCUCCCCCUCUGGACGCCAAACCCCCUCCCAACAUCGCCGACACACACCUCCUGUCUGCUGAACCUGCUCAGGUAAAACGUUCUGCUGUCAGCCAGCCUGAACAGCCACUCCCAACAGCGAACACGGCUUCUUCCUCUGCAGCCGUCUGCUGUUUCUGCUCAGCUUGCUUUUCCAGUCCCCUGGAGGUCUGCUGCUCCGCCUGCAGCGCCACCUGCUGUCCGCUGCUCCCCUCUGCUCUAUUCGCCCUGUCCAACAAAGACUUCAGUACCCAGCUCUCCCAGCGGCUCGGCUCCAUCCUGAGGGAGCAGAAGACGAAGAGAGGAGAGGAAGAGGAGCAGGAAGAGCAGAGGUCUGAUUCCAAAGACGUUCGGUCUGAAGUGCAGAGCACCGACGUCGGCGGUCGCAGUCUAAGCUCCAGGGACGGCUACUUUGAGAUGGGCCUGGAUGACUCUGGGGAGGAGCUGGUUGGCUCCGCCCCCUUCCCGGAGGGGGAGGAGCCUGGCGUCCGGCUGGAGGAGCCGAGCGAGGAACAGCUGGAGGUUCGGGUUCGCAGAGUUCUGUGGUGCUGCUGUGUCCUGGUCGGCCAGGAGGUGAAGCAGAGGGGGGCAUGUCUGGUUCUGACGGACCGGCUGCUGGCGCUGCUUCUCUGGUCACAUGACUCCCUGUCAGCCAAUCAGAAGAGAGGCCCAGACCAGAGUCCAGAUGUGGAGGAGGUUCUGUCGGGUCUCCAGGCGGAUCUGCUGGUACCAUACUCCCAGGUUCUGCUGAACUGCCCAGCCGAGCUGCCGGACUGCUGCCUCUCGUUUGGAAUCAAAACGGGUCAGAACCGCUGGUUCAUCUUCUCUGAGGCCGAGGAGGUCCGACAGGCCAGAACCGAGCUGAACGGGCUGCUUCAGGACCCCUCGGACCUCCCAGCUCCUCCUCUUCCUCGGCUCCUUCCUCCUUCGCUCCUCAGCCCCUGGGAGGCGGAGGAGAGUCUUUCAGCUCGGGGAGGAUUCCCCGCCCACAUCCUCUGCUCCUCUUUCUCUUCUCCCUCCUCUUCCUCGCCGGCCUCAGGCUCCGCCCAGCUCUCCUCUGAUCUCGGGCCAGAGGACGCCGGCCUCCUGUCGCUCCUCUUCCUCACGCCCAGAACCCUCUGGGUUCUCCGGAUGGACUUCAGGCAGCCGUGGACGGACCGUCCCCCUGUCCACCUGUCGUCCUCUUCGUCAUCCUGGUGCAGGCUGGUCCGUUUGGCUCUCAGCUCGGUUCUCCUUCACCCCGACCACAGAGAGAUGGGAGACGGACCCGACCGCGUUUCCUGUCCAGACCCGCAGCACUGCCUCAGGAGGAGCCACUCUGUGGAUCUGCUGGCUGGAGGUCGGAGGCUGCUGCUGCUCUUCCCUCUGGCCCAGGACAGGAGCUCCUUCCUGGGGGAGCUGAGCCAGAGGAGAGCCUCUCUGGAGGGGCUGAAGGUGGUGGCGCUGCCCCGGCCCUGCAGGCCCUGCCUGGGCCCAGCCGGAUCCGGCUGCUGCAGAACCAAGGAGCCCUGCUGCUGCUGCAGCGACAGGAAGUCAGGCUGCAGCAGUCGAGACUCAUUGACACUCCAAGAUGAGGAGAACCAGCCGCCGCCCCACCUGGUCCCGGGCCUCUCACCUGGACUGAAGCUCCUGGCCGGACUCAGAGGCCAGCAGCUGCUCUCCUACUUCAGCAGAUACGUAGCUCAGUCGCAGGCCGAGGAGCUGAGGCAUGUCUGCUGGCUCUCUGUGCUGCUCUACAAGACUCCAGGAAGUGAGGUCACUUCCUGCCUGCUGCUGUCCACCGAGGCCAUCUACUUCCUGCUGGACGACUCCGUCCCGCCGCUGCAUCCCCACUCAGGGACGGACGCCGAGACGAGUCUCUGCAGCUGCCUGAGCGUCCGGCUGGCUGAGCUGCAGGCCGUCAACGUGGGACUGUUUGACCAGAACUUCAGGGUGGUAGGACGCUCUGCGGACCAGGUGGUCUGCUGUCUCAGCAGGGACGGCUACGGGACCGGCGUCUUCCUGCAGCGGCUGAUGGCGGCUCUCAGCCUGCAGCAGCAGCAGCGUCCGCCCCAACCCGACCCAUCCGACCAGGACUUCUACUCCCAGUUCACUGGGAAGAUGCAGAACUACGAGCUGGUCCACAGCAGCAGGGUGCGCUUCAUUUACCCCAGCGACGAGGAGAUGGGCGACCUGACCUUCAUCGUGUCAGAGAGGAAAACUUCUGCCAGCGCCCCGCCUCCGUCCUCCUGCAGCAUCCUGCUCUACCUGCUCGUCUUCCAGGUCCAGAUGCCCAGCCAGCCGUCCACUGAGCGGUCUCCGGUCCUCCAGCCCCGGACGUUGGUCCUCACCGGGACGGACGUGUUCCUGCUGGACGAGGACUACGUCAGCUACCCUCUGCCGGACUUCGCCAAGGAGCCGCCGUCCAGAGGGCGCUACCAGCUGUGUGAGGCCCGACGGAUCCGGGACCUGGACCGGGUUCUGCUGGGCUACCAGCCCUACCCCCAGGCCUUGACCCUGGUGUUUGACGACCUGCCGGGUCCGGACCUGCUCUGCCACCUGACCAUGGACCACUUCGCCCCUGCCGGCGAGGAGGCUCCGCCCCCGGGGGGCGUGGCCGGCGGCCAGGGCGAGGUGCAGUGGUGCGUCUUUGUGCCGGGGGGCGACAGCAGGGAGCGGCUGAUCUCGCUGCUCGCCCGCCAGUGGGAGGCGCUGUGCAGCCGGGAGCUUCCUGUCGAGCUCACCGGCUGAUUGGAUGAUGGGGACCACUGUCGCCAUGGAGACCACUGUCUGUACCUGGGGGCGCUCCUAGUGGACCCGACUCUGGUUGAAGGUAUUUCUCGAUGUCUGUUGCUAGAAGCGCUGAAGAUUCAGAGCCGCUCGUUUUUAAAAACAGGAAGUGAAACGAAUGGACUGGUGUUGCACUGCAGGGGGCGCUGCAGCUCGACCACAGGAGUCUAACGGUCAAUAUUAUGUUGAUGCACUGCAAAAACAUAAAAUCUUACUAAUUAAUUUUGGUCUAGUUUCUAGCGCAAAUAUCUUAGUCCUCUUCAAA